AUAUAUAUAUAUAUAUGUAUGUGUGUGUGCUUGUGCUGCUCAAGAGUGCGUGAGAUGACAAGGGUCGAGUGAGAAAAAAUAAAGAUUCGUGAAGAAAUGCAAUUCCGAAGUGAUAAAUCUGUAUCUAUGUAAAGACGUGUGCCAGUGUGUCCGCACAGGAAGAGUACAAAACAAAAUUAAUUUACGAAGAUAAAGGGCUAGAGAGAAGAAUAAUAGAUCAAUUGAAGAUAACCAAAGGAAAGUCAGUCAGCAACGUAGAGAAGUGACAUAAGCAGGUAGGACAGGUGGGACAGUAGCAUGAGUUCGUACUUCGCGAAUUCGUAUAUCCCGGACCUGCGAAAUGGCGGGGUGGAACACCCGCAUCAGCAUCAGCAGCACUAUGGUGCGGCCGUACAGGUACCUCAGCAAACGCAAUCGGUCCAGCAACAGUCCCAGCAAGCCGGCGAUCCCUGUGACCCGAGUUUGUUACGUCAAGGAGUAUCCGCCCAUCAUUAUGGAACCACAGGAGGUCAGCAAGAUAUGCCUUAUCCGAGGUUUCCCCCGUACAACCGGAUCGACAUGCGGAACGCGGCCUACUAUCAGCAUCAGCAGGAACACGGAAGUAUGGACGGCAUGGCCGGUUAUAGGUCGACAUCUCCGAGCACCGGGAAUAUGGGUCACAUGGGACACACGUCAACCCCCAAUGGACAUCCGUCCACCCCCAUCGUCUAUGCCAGUUGCAAACUUCAGGCGGCUGCUGUCGAUCAUCAAGGCAGCGUUCUCGACGGACCGGAUAGCCCGCCUCUCGUCGAAUCGCAGAUGCACCACCAAAUGCACAGCCAGCAUCCGCAUAUGCAGACGCAGCAGUCACAGCAUCCACAACAAUCGCAGCAUCAGCAUCUGCAGACACAGCAACAACAUAUGAUGUACCAGCAGCAACAGUCUCAAACUGCUGCACCGCAACAGGGACAAGCUGGAAUGCAUCCGCAACAGCAGCAACAAGCUCAGCAGCAUCAAGGCGUUGUUGCAUCAUCGCUCAGUCAACAGCAGCAAGGCGCGUCUCAAAGUGCGUCGUCUGCGAACUUACCGAGCCCAUUGUAUCCUUGGAUGAGGAGUCAGUUUGGCAGACGAUGUCCUGCUCUCGAAGCAAACGCUUCAUCACCUUGA